CCAAGAAGGGUGGAAAGUAGCCUUGUCUGAUGUGUUAUCUACCUUUCUUCGUAUCAUAUUCGACUCAAAAUUAACCACAGUAUAAGAGUCUAAGACUCGCUGUGUUUUGGCCAUUGGGAGCCAACAAUAGCUGCCAGUUGCGAUACGCUAUUUUUGUGAUCCUUGCCGUUAAUCACCGUUAUCAUUCAAAGCAAUUCACGAUUCACGUCUCUCUACUUGCGAUUCUGCAAUCCCUUGGUACUAAGUAAUAGCCAACGAUUCGGACGCAGAAGAAUAAGAUCUCGCACUAACUGUCCUCAUGUCCGACCCUAAAGUAUGGCUAAUCACAGGUACAUCAUCAGGCUUUGGUCGCCGUUUGGUAUCAGCCGUUCUAGAACGCGGCGAUCGUGUAGUCGCUACGGCCCGGUCUCUCCAGAAAAUCCAAGAUUUCCCCCAAUCUCCGAACCUACACCUCCUAGAGCUUGACGUAACUUCCGGAUCGAGUGCCGUCAGGGACCGGGUGGAUGAGGCGGCCAAGGUAUGGGGCAGGAUUGACGUGUUGGUGAAUAAUGCGGGUGUCGGGCUGCCUGGAAUCCUCGAGGAAUGCGGGGUUGACUUGAUGAUAAGACAAUACCGCACGAAUGUCUUCGGUGUCCUGGACGUCACAAAUGCAGCAUUGCCUUACAUGCGUGAAAGGAGCAGCGGUACAGUUGUUAUUAUCGGAAGCCGCAGUGCCUGGAGACCUGAAGUCAGGGGACUUGGCGCGUAUUCCUCAUCAAAGGCAGCCGUGCACGCAAUGGGCGAAACGCUUGCACUGGAAGUUGCACCAUUCAACAUACGUGUCCUAAUCGUCGAGCCUGGUGCCUUCCGCACCGAAAACAUAUACAGCAAUAAAUUUGAUACGUGGACGAAUCCUAUACCCGAUUAUGAUGAUCAACGAGCUCAGUCACUGGUGAGGUAUGAGGGUAUGGCUGGCAAUCAACCAGGAGACCCAAUGAAGGCGAUGAAAGUUGUUGUAGACGUUGUAAGAGGAGAGGGCGUUGCAGCAGGGAGGGAGUGGCCGUUAUAUCUCGUCUUGGGAGAGGAUGCAGAGACAGAUGUCAGAAACAAAUGUGCGACGAUGCUGAAGCACCUUGAUGAAUGGCAGGACGCAAUCCGGGAUGUGAAUCUAUAGAUGGACAUACAUUGCACAAUUAUGUAUAAAGUAAAUGCUACUUGGUGAAUCCAGGGUGUAGUAUGAGUAUGUUUACUGCGCUUCAUGUGUUAUUUCUCAGUCUUGAAGAAGCUGAGGUCUGAACAACGCCGUGGAGUAUCCACACUCCAUUUGCUCCUUCUGCAUAUCCGGGACUACCAGCUGUCAGAUUUUAGCUCGGCAAAUCAACGUCAGCAAAUUAGCCCCUUUCACGACAUCA